AAAGUGAAGCAAAAAUUUACCUAAAUGCCGACAAAUAUCGAAAAGAAACUUUAGAAAGCGAAGUGAAGACAUACCUAAAGAUCCACACCAUAAAUGCUGAAAGAAAUAUGGAAGAAGCCUAG